ACGCAUCUUGUAUAACAAUGUCCAGUCACCAGUGAUACAAAAAAGGGGAUUAGGAAUCUCAGCGUAGUGCAUUAGUGCAGCUCCGGUUAGAUCCCGGAGAAGUGCUGCUCGGAGAUGGGCGGUGGUGGUUGUAGGAGUAGUAGCAGACAGCCACAAGUGGUUCCUGUUCUAUACUUAGUCCUCUCUUUACUACCGCUCAUACUCGCCUCGGCAUACGCAGUAGCAAACCAAGACGACUGCAACGUUUCAAACUGCAAGCAUCAUGGCCCUGACAUCCGAUUCCCCUUCAGGCUAAAAGAAGACCGGCAGCACAGUCGGUGUGGCUAUGCUGGGCUCGAGCUAUCAUGUACAGAGAAGAAAGAAACCAAACUGGAGCUACCAUUUUCGGGUGCCUUCCUUGUAAAAGCCAUAGAUUACAGAUCCCAACUGAUGGAAACCUAUGACCCUCAGGGCUGUAUCAUCAAACGGCUUCUACGCCUCAAUUUCUCGGCAUCACCGUUUCAUCAAACACCCUCUCCACAAUUAUAUUAUGGAGAUGGUAUACCGGCUCCGGAUUUUGUGCACUUCAUUAUCAUAUUAAAUUGUUCAUCAACAGAAUUAAUAGGRAAAGCGCAGCGAGUCAAUUGCCUUGAAGUCUCCGGUUACCAAGUUUAUGCCGUUCAUGUUUCCGAUGAUCAGUGGCUGCAGGGCUAUAUGCCACCGCCGUCUUGCCGCAAAGUGAGGACCAUCUCAGUCCCAUUUUCCGAUCAUUUCCUAUCUCAUAUUAAUGACCCAGAUUUAAGCAUCUUCUUCAGCUGGAAAUCACCAAAUUGUUCAUAUUGCGAGGAAAAGGGCAAGAGAUGUACUUGGAAGAACCACACCAGUGGAUCCCGUAUUCAGUGUCUUGACAUUCCCACUAAAGGUGUAAGCAUUGGGCAAGUCGUGACAGUAACCAGGAUGUGCGAAAUGAUAAGCAAAGAGCACCAGAUUACUAUCAUUUGUGCAUCUCCAACAUGA